CGAUCAUUUUGGUGAACCCGACUGCAAACGAGCCUGAACGGAUUUGGCGUGGAAACAAACGCAGUUCAUUUCGCGGUUUCCCGCCUCUUCUAUUUUCUCUCAGAUUGUGCUGUUUACGAGUGACGCCGAUCUGGGAUUCUAUCGGAGAUCAGAGGAACGAUCGGAGCUUGUCUCGGCAGGUGCUCCUAGGUUUUGUUGGAAUUCCUGUCAUUUCUAUGUACUUAGACUUGUGGAUACUGGAUUUGCUCCAUGGAUCUUGGUCGUGGUAAAAAAAUGCAUGAGAGCCAGUGCCAGAGCUUUGGAAAUAAUCCCGAUAGAUGCAGUCAACCUAGGAAGAUAUCCAUAGGUGUCGUGGUAGAUUCUGUUGCAAAAUUCAAAUGCAAGAAUGUAGAUGCAGACUAUGUUGCAAUUCCAGCUGCUGGAGACACAAAUUAUGGGAAAGGAGACAGCAAAAAAAGAGUGGCGAAUCUUGCUUUAGGAAAUCAGGGAGAACUUUCAUCACAUAGUAAAGCUCCAAGGAUCUCUACUAGAUCCAUCCACCCAAACUCUACUUCAAAAGCCAUUCAUCCUUUGGACCAACCUUCAGAUUUGCAUGCCACUCAUGAAAGGUUCAACACACCAACCAGAACAAAGAUAACACCAGGGGCAUCUUCAGUUCCUUUUUCAGAUUAUCAAAAUCUAAAAUUCCAUUCAAAAGAGACAAUGGAGAUGGGAGGGAAUGAUUCUGUUGGAGAGAUUUCUGGUAAGAUUCAUUUUACAGUAGCACAGGCAGAUAUGUCAGUGAAAGCAUCUGCCGAGGACAAAUCUGAGAGGGCAGGUACAAGGGGCAGUGAGUCUUUGAGAGUGCAGCUACAGAAGAUCUUAGAAACGGUUUCUUCACCCACAAAACUUUGCUCAAAUUCUGAAGAAUUAGAUGUUGGUGCAAAAGGUCCUAGUGCAGAAAAAAUAGCUACUGAAAAUCAUAUUCCCAAGGCUAGUUCAGAUACAAUAGAAGAUGAUACACAAAGUCAUGAUCCUACUGUUAGGAGGCCGGUGACUCGUUCUUUGAAUCGAAGGAGAGCCCCACCCAAAUCACAACGGAGGAAGCCAAAGAAAAAAGUCCCCCCUUGUGCUCAGGAGGAAAGAUUUGACAUGUUCUAUUUUGGAGAAAAAAAGGCCAGGGAAUUACGUGGUGAUGCCACUGGUGGAUCCAUGAUGACACAUGAAAGUUUAACAAAGAGAAAGAGUUCAAAGAUAGAAGCUCAUGAUAUGUCAACUGGAAUGGAUGCUUACAAGAAGAAAGAGCAGAAUACUAAAUGCAACAAAGCGCCAUAUGCUGAGAGAUAUAGUGAUAUGACCCGAUCAUAUGAAAAGGUGAAGAGUGCUUUUGUGGAGCCGAGAGUUGAUACUUCAGAAAAAUAUUUCUACAAGUCACCAGCUGUAGAAAAAGAGACGUCAAAGAGUGUGUUUGUGGAGCCAAGAGUCGAUACUUCAGAAAAUGAUUUCUACAAGUCACCAACUGUAGAAAAAGAGACGUCAAAGAGUGUUUUUGUGGAGCCGAGGGUUGAUACUUCAGAAAAUGAUUUCUACAAGUCCCCGGUUGUAGAAAAUGAGAAAUCAAAGAGUGGUUUUGUGGAGCCUAGAGUUGAUAUUUCAGAAAAAGAUUUCUGCAAGUCACCAGUUGUAAAACAAACUGAGCAGCUGAGAGACAUUAAUGGAUUGAAAUUGCAAGAAAAUCUUCACGAUUUAGAAAACUUACAACAAUCAACCUUGAAGGACUUAUGUGACCCAAAACCUGAUGUGCAACGUCCUACAUUUGGGACAAAAACGCCAUUGGAAAGAUCUUUUAUUGGAUCUCUACCAAAAAGCAAAAGGGUAGAAUUGGAUGAGCAUAGUCAUACAGAGAUAGUGUUUAACCCAAAGAGCUUUCAAAACUUUAAGGGUUUCCAAAGAUCAAGGAAAGAAGCCAAAUCAAAUGGGCAGGAUGUCUCAUCUGAUGAUGUAGCUGUAAUGGAAUCUCCUCUUCCUUUCAAACCCAAAUCGCUUUUUGGGGAAGACAAUCAUGUGCUUUUUCAGUCAUCACCCGAUGAUAGGAAUUCUGUGAGCUCAGAAGACAGGGUGCAUGUUGAAGGUUGCAGGAAAUCGCCUUCUCUGUCUACUGAGAUUGGUACCCCCGACUCCCCCAAGGAAGCAAAGUUUGCAGUCAAACCAAGCAAAGGCUUCUUCAAUGAAAAAGAAAAUGAAGAUAUUGAGUCUCCUUUGAGACAGUCUGACACAAGUGAAGAAGAUGGGUUCGAUAGGGCUGUCACUUUAUUUGCUUUUGCAUUACAAAGAGUUAGAAGGAAAAUGAAGUCUAUGGCUGACAAAAGAUCUGCUGAAAUUCUGAUGUCUGCUGCUGAGGGAAUUCAGAGGGAACUGCAGAAUGCAGAAAUUCAGACUCAUGCUGAUCUGAGAACACUGACCAGCAAGAGUAAAGCUAAUCAAAAGCAUUUAGACACCAUAUUUCAAGAGCAACAAGAGCAGUUAAAUGCCAUUUAUGAAAGAUUCAAAGAACAGCUCCAUCAACAUCUCCAGGGUUGUAGAAGCACACUUGAAAGUCUAGAAGAACAUGAGAACGAGCUUAAAGCAACAGUGGAAAAGCAAAAAGUAUCAAAGAUAAAAUAUCUCUUGCAAGUGGAAGAAAAGAUUCAGACUCAGCUUGUUGAUGCUGACAGAAGAAUUACUGAUGUCCACCACUUGGCUAGGGGCAAGAUGCAUCAAUUGAAACUAGUAGUUGCAGAGUGCUUGAAGCUCAGUUGAAGUUUUCUAAAGGGUUUGAUAGAUGGAUGUUAUGGUGCAACAUCCCCAAGUCAAGCAGCACACAUACAGCAAAAGCAUAUAACACACACACACACACUCUCUCUCUCUCUCAAAUGUUCAAAUGCUAAUUGUCACCUGUUGGGGGGAUACUAUAUAUGCAUUCCACAUAUAUCUCUUUCAGCAGGUUGUCUAGAGACCAAUUGAGUCCUGUAAAUCAGCUUUACAUCAAACUGUCUUGUUCUCAUUGCUAGCGUGAAACGUGUAUAUGCUUGGCUCGCUUAUUUUGGCUUUACAUGAAACUUGAAAAUUAUGUUUGCAUGCCGCCGCUGGCUGUUUCUGUUUGG